AUGUCCUUGUCAGAGUCGGGGUUGGCGCAAUCGCGUAGCAUUGCGUGGGGCCGACAUCGACAGGAGUGCCUGCAUGCUCUCCGGAAUAUCCCUUACGGACCCGAAUGGCGAGAUGCUGCCCUCGCGGAACUGGACGAGGCCACGAGACUCGUUACUGACCUACGCUCUACCUACAACUCUUACGCGCCGAUUCUGCGACUUCCCAACGAGAUACUAGCUCUUGUAUUCGUCAUCCUCCAGAGUAUCUGGGAGCCCAGGCACGCCACGAAUCUCGGCUGGUUAAAUGCUACCUUCGUCUGUCGCUCGUGGAGACUCGCAGCGCUUAGGAUGGCUUCUUUAUGGACACGACCUCCCCUUCAUCUCGGAAAGGAAUGGACUAGGACGUUUUUAGAGCUUGCAAGGUCACUUCCGAUUUCGCUCGACAUCCUGGCGAGAGGAACGAUACAAUACAACGACAUGGCCUUUGAAACACUACUGUCUUUGAAAGAUUAUUUUGAGACCAGUUCCUGCUCCCACGUACGGUGGUUGAAUCUAUCUUUGGAUUGGGAUGGUGCAGAAUGGAAUGCGUACAUGCUGCCACCUUCUCUCUUCGCUCCAUUGUGGUCCCUGACGCUCAGCCACUGGCUACUGCUGAAAGGUGGAGCUAGGUUUUGGGACUGCUUACCAUCUACCCUACAAGAGUUGGUACUCCUAGGCAUACCUUCUGACUGUGAAGAGGAGCCUGGGGCUGAGACAAUCACGGGCCUCAUUCCGCUUCUCUCACGCUCUACUAGGCUCUCAAAACUCGUUAUAUAUCACUCAUUUCUGGACAUACUGGAACUACCCGAACGUCUCGAUCUACCUGCUCUUCGCGACCUCACGAUCGGAGCGACAUCGCAAGAUUGCCUCCGUCUGUUGAAGGCACUUGACAACCCGUGCGAAAUACAAAAGCUCGCUCUCGAGUUCGGGCAUUGGGAUCCUGGCGACAUUGACGGCAUACUCCAGUUCAUGCAACAAUCGUCUGUCACUACCACCGAGAAGCCGUUUACGUCUCUCGGCAUUGGGCGCGUGGGCGACUUCUUCGUCGUCGCCGCAAACCGCGAAUCGAACCCUGCCGAUGCAAUAGAGCGCAUGUUCAGAGUCAAAUCCGCGCUUUUGGAGAGCGAAGUGAUACAAGACAUCAGCUUAUGCAUCGAGAUGCAGGAUGUGGGUUCAAGCCUUGACUCGUACCUCUGCUUAAUCCCUUCUCUUCACCCACUCGGCUUCUCCUGUGUCCGCACACUACACAUUCACAACAUUCUCCUGCCUACCAAACGAACUCUUUGCCACCUCGGUGCUAUGCGAGCAGUGGAGGAAAUGUGUCUCGCUGGCCCAGGAAUGCACACGGUUUUAGUCGCACUCGGGCGGAGCGUGAACGCUGAGCAGGAGGAAGGUCACUUCCCGAAGCUGGCGAGGAAGGCGGCGGAUCUUAUCUUCCCACGACUCCGACGCCUUCGUGUUGAAAGGGUUGACUUUGGCGUGCUGUGUGAAGACGCGUAUUGCCUGGCGGCAACCGUUGCGCAGACCUUUGGCCUAGCUUUGGUGGUCCGCGCGCCACUAGGUUCCGCCAUACAGACCAUGCAUCUCGUCAAGUGCGUGGUGGGCGAGACGGACCUGGAAUUAUGGGCCCAAGCGAUGGAGGUGACGAUGGAUGGGUGUCCCGUAGAGCGUAGAGAAUGA